GGGAUGUUGAGAACAGUACAGUAAUGGCCUGGUUGAUCAAUUCCAUGGAGGAGGAGAUAGGCCGGCUCUAUUUGUUUCUUCCCAUUGCAAAAGAUAUUUGGGAAAUAGCAAAAGAAACAUAUUCAGACAUGGGGAAUUCAGCACAGAUAUCUGAGAUCAAAUCAAGGUUGAGAGAGACCAAACAAGGCAACAUGUCUGUAACCCAAUAUUAUAGUUUAUUGGCUAAGUUGUGGCAAGAGUUGGAUUUAUUCUAUGAGGCAAAUUGGAGUUGCUCUCAAGACAAUUUAAAGUACACUAAGAUGUUGGAAAAGGAGAGAGUGUUUGAGUUCCUUGCAGGGCUGAAUAAGGAACUAGAUGAAGUGAGAGGUAGGGUUUUGGGAAAAGAAUCCUUACCUUCUAUUCGUGAAGUGUUUGCAGAAGUAAGAAGAGAAGAAAGCAGAAGGAAAGUGAUGAUGGGUGAUUUAGCAGGAACUAGCAGUUUGGGUACACAACCACAAUCAGAGUCCUCAGCUCUUGUUUCCAAGGGUUGGGAGACACAUACCAAUCCUAAUGUAGAUCAAAAACUGUUGAGACGAGGAGAGAAAAUCUGGUGUGAAUAUUGUCAUCGGCCAAAGCAUACUAAGGCUACCUGCUGGAAACUACAUGGCAGACCAUCAAAUUGGAAGACAAAUAAACCUAAUGGCAAGGGAUUUCAUGCUGAUGUGGAGGAAAAUACAUCUCUGAAAGUUGAGGAUCAUCCAAGGCCUGUACCAUUCAGCAAAGAGCAGUUAGAACACCUACAUGAGUUGUUUAGUCAGUCCAGUUUUGGUUCUUUUGGUUCUUCAAGUCAUUCAUGUUCAUUUGCUGAGACUGGUAAUUCCCUUACAGCUCUGCAUACUAGUUUGGGAACAAACAAACCUUGGGUUAUAGAUUCAGGAGCCUCAGAUCACAUGUCAGGACUUACUCUCGGGGAGGAUGAUUGGCAAUGCUAGAGAAGAAGGAGGGCUCUACUACUUUGAUGAGAAGGCUAAUGAGAAUAAUCCAGCUAUAGCAUCUAGGUGUAAUUCUGCCGCAGUUUCUGGUAAUUUAGAAAUAAUGUUAUGGCAUAUAAGAUUAGGCCAUCCUAGUUUUCCUUAUUUGAAAAGGUUGUUUCCAUUAUUAUUCAGAAAUAAAAAUUCAUCAUUAUUUCAAUGUGAAAUCUGCCAAAUUGCAAAGCAUACUCAUUCAAUGUAUCCAGCAAAUCCUUACAAGAAGUCUAGACCUUUUUCUUUAAUCCAUAGUGAUAUUUGGGGACCCUCUAGGGUUACAAACAUUGCAGGAUCUAAGUGGUUUAUUACCUUCAUUGAUGACCAUACUAGACUAAGUUGGAUAUAUUUUUUGAAAGAAAAAUCUGAAGCAUGUCAGAUUUUUCAGAAGUUUCAUUCCAUGGUUAAAACUCAAUUCCAAACACAGAUUCAAAUCUUAAGGACUGACAAUGGUAGAGAGUAUUUCAAUUCUA